AUGUUAAUGAUAGCGGUAAUAAUAGGAUCCGUGAAAGAAGCGGCCAGUACCGCAGCCCUCGGAAUGUUGAAAUAUUAUCAUGGUAAUGAACCUGGCCAAACCCCUGGGACGCUGGACGGCACCUGGUGGGAAGCGGGCGCGAUGUUCAUGACGCUGGUCCAGUAUUGGCACGCCAGCGGGGACUCCUCUCAUAACGAGAUCACGACGCAGGGACUGCAGUGGCAGGCAGGCGAAAACCGUGAUUACCAACCUGCUAACAGUAGUGCUUACCUGGGCAACGAUGACCAGAUGUUCUGGGGACUGGCGGCCAUCACUUGUGCCGAAACGAGAUACCGCGAUGCCUCUGACGGACCAUCGUGGCUGUCCCUUGCCCAGGCGGUUUUCAACACUCAAAUUCCGCGCUGGGAUACGCGGGACUGCCACGGUGGGUUGCGAUGGCAGAUGCAUUCUUGGUUGCCGGGGUUUGAUCUCAAAAACACUGUAUCGAACGGGGGCUUGUUUCAGCUGGCUGCCCGACUGGCUCGGUAUACCGGAGAUCAGAAAUAUGCCGAUUGGGCGACCAAGGUCUGGGACUGGAUGGCCGGUAGCCCCCUGUUAGACACGGAAACUUGGAAUGUUGCUGAUACAACAUCGGUCAAGAAUGACUGUAAAACCAACGGCAAUGAGCAGUGGACCUACAAUUAUGGGAUCCUGCUCGGCGGCGCGGCGUACAUGUACAAUUUUACAGAUGGAGACCCAAAGUGGCUCGACGCUGUUAACGGGCUGCUCAAUGUAACCCUUCGACUCUUCUUUCCUCCCCAGUAUAACAAGGGAAUGGUUCUGUCUGAGGUAUCCUGCGAACCUAUUGGCACAUGCAACCGCGACCAGAUGUGUUUCAAAGGGCUGCUGUCUAUCUGGCUCGCAAACACAGCCACCAUCGUUCCAUCCACUGCGGAACGCAUUAUCCCCCGACUACAGGGAUCGGCGGAAGCCGCUGCGAGGCAGUGCUCUGGCGGAGAGGAUGGGACCGCGUGUGGGGUCCAAUGGUACCAAAAUAAAUGGGAUGGAAAGAACGGCAUAGAGUCGCAGAUGAGCGCACUAAGUAUCUUUACGGCAAACCUCAUGGUCCAAACAACCCAGGAUCCUGUGACAUCCAAGACUGGCGGUUUGAGCCAGAGCGAUUCUAAUGCUGGAACGGGCGGGACGUCGAGCCAGAACUCGGAAAGACCACACCACAUUACAACUAGCGACCGAGCAGGAGCAUGGCUUAUUACUAUACUGAUCAGCGGGGCUUGGAUUAGCAUGAUGACUUGGCUAGUUUGGGAGUGGUAA